AUGCGAACGAACGGUCUCAUCUCACGUGCCAAAGCGAUAAUUAUUGGAGCAAUCACCACGGAGUCCAAAACACUGCAUGCUUCUCCGCAACCGGCAGCAAGCGCCGCCGCCGACACGCACACUGCUGUCAUGAGCCGUGUGGCGGGAGCCAGCGGCAGGCGCCGGCUGCGCUCCUAUUGUUACCGCGGCCUUGCCACUUGCACGGACGACGCCGCCGGCCAUGAUACCUGUCUAUACCUCACAUUUGUGAACACACGUGAAGAUCGAGAG